CCGGUUCUUGUAGCAACAGAAAGAUAAGGGUACCGAAGGAGUGUAUUUUUUCGGUUGUCUUCAAGGAUUUAUCAGGGCCGGAGUACAACAUUUGAUUUCUCGGAUGCUUUAGGAAAGGUGUAGAUGUGGAUGCACCCCCGCUCGGAGCUUUGUUCGUGGUAGUCGCGUAGUACAAAAACUUGGGAUAAUGCACCAUGGAAGUGGGUCCCAGAAUGUGCAGCGCCAGCUUCAGAGAUCCAAGUCUUUCACAGGUACUGAGGCAGAAGAGCAGCAACAGCAGCCCACAAACCUUCCUCAAUCACCGGUGACCUCUUUCGCUCCGUCCGCCAGCCCCUCUGCCCCUCAGUCCCCCAACUACCAGAUCAUCAUGAGCCGGAGUCCGGUUCCAGGGCAGAACGUCAACAUCACUCUGCAGAAUGUAGGACAGAUGGUAGGGGGGAACCAGCAGAUAACCCUCACCCCUCUGCCACUCCAGAACCCGGCGUCCCCAGGGUUCCAGCACAGCGCCCAGCAAUGGAGGUUUGAGCACAGCUCUCCUUCUUACAUCCAAGUCACGUCGCCCUUACCACAGCAAGUUCAGCCGCAGAGCCCCACCCAGCACAGCCCAGUACCUGUUCAGGCUUUGCAAGGGGUGCAAAGGGCUGGCGCUCCCGCGACUGGGUUAAGUAUGUGUGGUCAAAGCCCGACUCGAGGAUUUGUGGAUGCCAGCAUGCUCGUCAGGCAAAUAAGCCUCAGCAGUCCAUCAAGCAGCAGCCACUUUGUGUACCAGGAUGGGUCAGGACUGACUCAGCUGGCAUCGGGCUCAGCCGGACAGGUGCAGCUGUCUUCUCCUGGCACCACAGGGUCAGUGCGGGAACGCAGGCUGUCUCAACCCCAUUCCCAGACUGGCGGGACCAUUCACCACCUGGGGCCUCAGAGUCCAGCAGCAAGCGGGGCCUCCAUACAGACGCUGGGAAGCCCGGGUCACAUUACAACUUCCAGCUUGCCUCCUCAGAUCAGCAGCAUUAUCCAGGGCCAGCUGAUUCAGCAGCAGCAGCAGCAGCAGGUGCUUCAUGGGCAGCAACUCGGCAGGGCCAUGAGUUUUGAUAGGACUGCCCCGGGGAUGCUAACUGGGGUCGGUGGAUCGGCAGCCCCUUUCGGCAUGGCCUCCCCUCUGCCUCCCUCCAGCCCGUCCCGUGCCAACGCACCGCAGGGACUGUCAAACCCCCCGCUCACCCCUACCAGCACCUCAGCCUCGGUCAAAAAGCAGCCCAAGAAGCUGGAGAUCCCGCCUGCCACUCAAGAGAUUGCCCAGCUGAGGAAGCAGUGUGUGGAGCAGCACAGAAAAGCUACAGAGAGCCUGAAAGACAUCUUCAAGGAGCAUCUGAUCGAGCUGUUUUUUCUGCAACACCUGCAAGGGAACAUGAUGGACUUCCUGGCUUUCAAGAAGAAGCCUUGCGGGCCGCUCUUCAUGUAUCUGCGGCAGAACGACUUGGAUCUAGAGGACGAUGAGGAAGAGGAGCAAUCGGAAGUCAUUAACGAUGAGGUAAAAAUGGUGACAGGAAAAGAUGGUCAGGCUGGUACUCCUGUUGCUAUAGCAACACAGCUUCCUCCUAAUGUAUCUGCUGCCUUUUCCUCACAACAGCAACAGUUUCAGCAGACUCAUCAGGGUACGCCAGUGGCUGGUACUGCAAAUUCCAUGGAGAUUGAAGCCUUUAAAAGACAACAGGCUUUAGCACAAGCAGAUCAGGCUAGGAGGCCUCGGAUUGAAGUUGGUCGCCAUGGGAUGGUUUUCCAGCAUCCUGGUAUAGCACCUUUAGGAUCACCUGGGGUUCCUCUUCAGCAGCUUAUGCCAACAGUGCAAGGAGGGAUGCCCCCAACUCCUCAAACCAUUCAAAUGGCAGGUCAGAAGCAGAGUCAGCAGCAGUAUGAUCCAUCCAAAGGGCCUCCGGUCCAGAAUGCUGCCAGCCUCCACACCCCUCCGCCCCAGUUGCCAAGCAGACUCCAGCCGACCAGCAUGCCUCUGAACGCACUCCCUCCCGGGCUGCAGUUAGCACAGCAGCAGCUGGUGGAAGCCCAGGCUCAGCCCCAGACUCCGCUCCAGGUCCAGGUUAAACAGCAGCUGGGACCAGCGUCCAUCGCUAACACCCCUCAGACGCAGCUCCAGGCUCAGCUUCAGCAACAAAUGCAGCCAGGACUUCAUACUCAGAUGCAGACGGCACAGCAGCUUCCACAGUCUCAGGCCCAGCUACAGCAAGUGCAAGCGACUGUAGCUCUGGUGCGACCUGGUGCUGAUUCUUCCCUGGCCUCUCAGCGGCUGAUGAUCAAUUCUAUACCUACUUCUUCACUUUCACAGUCACCCCUUGCAGGAACAGUGUUGCCUUCUACAACCUACUCAACACUGACACACAGAACCUCCCCAGGAUCCAGCAAACCUCUCUCUCCAAUCUCUCAGUCCAAACUGACUGUUUCAUCAGUGCCAAAAAUGUCUAGCCUGGUUCAGGGUGGUGCACAAGACGUUUCUCAAGACAAGCAGGCAGAGCAAGCUAAACUGGAAAACCAGGUCCACCAGAGGAUAGCUGAACUGCGCAAAGAGGGCCUGUGGUCAAUGAGCAGACUGCCCAAACUGCAGGAUGCCCCGCGGCCCAAGUCUCACUGGGAUUACCUUCUGGAGGAGAUGCAGUGGAUGGCAGCUGAUUUUUCCCAGGAGAGGAGGUGGAAGAUGGCUGCUGCUAAGAAGCUUGUGAGGACCUGUGCACGUUACCAUGAUGAACAAAGACAGAUAGAAGAAAGGGAGAAGAUAGAGGAGGAAGCCAGACUCCGGCGUAUUGCAUGCGCCAUUGCAAAAGAAGUGGAGUAUUUCUGGGCUAAUAUUGAACAGGUUGUUGAAGUCAAACUACAGAUUGAGGUCCACGAGAAAAGAAGAAAAGCAUUGAGCCUACACAGAGCACCCAAAGAAGGAAAAAAUGCCAAACCUAUUCAGGAAACGGGAGUUAAAUCAGAAAAAGAGAGCAUCUCAGAGUUAUCCCCUGCUGGAAGAAAACGAAAAGCAAGCACAUCAGCAGUUCAAGAAGGAGUUGAGGAUGAGGAGAGCACUUUAGAAGAGCAGGAAGCUAUUGAAGGAGCUGCAGAUCAUAAGAACGAGUUGGCAGAACUGGAUAAAGAGGCCAAGAUGUCUUUGGACACUUUGGUGGAACAGUAUGCUGGUGCAUAUACAGAAAACUUUGAGUGGCCUCACCCUAGUUCUCACAGUGAAGAUGAAGACAGAGAUGAAGAAAUGGAAGAGUCUCUGCUUGAGAGUCACAAUGAAGAGAUCCUCAUAGACUCACUGCUCAGCAUUGAGGAGCACGGAGGCCCAGAAAGCUCAAAAGCUCCUCUGACUGAUGGGCAGAAACCUAGGAAAGACAUUGCUGAAGUGGCUGCUGCUGCAGAACUUAUCCUGCCCAAGGGAAGCGCGAGGACCACCGCUGUGUUUUGGAACGCGGCACCGUUUCUCCUGCAUGGCAGUCUCCGGGAAUACCAGCAGAUUGGUGUGGACUGGCUGGCGAGUCUCUAUAAGAAACACCUGAAUGGUAUCCUGGCAGAUGAAACUGGCUUGGGCAAGACUGUUCAAACAGCGGCGUUCCUGGCACACUUGGCUUGUAAAGAAGGGAAUUGGGGUCCACACCUGGUUGUGGUGCGGACAUGUAAAAUUCUGAGCUGGGAGAUGGAAAUUAAGCGCUGGUGCCCGGGUUUGAAAAUUCUGCUGUAUCUAGGCAACAAAAAAGAGCGAAGAUUAAAAAGAAAGAUGUGGUCUGAGUCAAACAACUUUCACGUGUGUUUGACAUCCUACAAACUGCUGCUGAAGGAUCACAAGGACUUUGUGAGGAAGAGGUGGAAGUACCUGGUACUGGAUGAAAUCCAGCUUCUCAGGAACAUGACAGAAAAACACUGGGAAGCAAUCUUUACUUUAAAAAGUCAGCAGAGGCUGCUAUUGAUCAACACCCCUCUCCAGAACACCUUGAAGGAGCUGUGGACCAUGAUACAUUUCCUCUUACCUGGAAUUACAAGACAGUACCUAGACUUCCCAGUCAAGGCAGGGACAGACGAAAACCAAGAGUACUGCCACAAGCUUGUUAUCCGGUUGCACAGGAUGAUUCAGCCCUUCAUUUUGAGGCGCUCGAAGAGAGACGUUGAGAAGCAGCUGCCAAAGAAAUACGAGCACAUCCUGAAGUGUCGCCUCUCGAGCAGACAGAAGAUGCUGUAUGAAGAUGUUAUGACUCAGACACGAGCCCAAGAAGCCCUCAAGACCGGUCACUUUGUUAGCGUUCUUCACGUUUUGAUGCAGCUUCAGAGGAUCUGCAAUCACCCAGACUUAGUUCAUCCUCGAACCACACGGUCUGCCUACGUGUCCGCUGCACUGCAGUACACAACACCCUCCUUAGUACUGGGAGCUCUGCAAUAUGGUCCUUGGAAGAAUGUGGACAUGUCUAUGUUUGACUUGAUCGGAAACGAAAACAAGCUGACAAGGUAUGAAGCUGAUGAAGUGUUGCCAAAGCAGAAGGUGACCAGGAAGUUGAUUGAGGAAAUCUACAGCGCCCCUGACCCUCCAGCCAGACCCAAACAAGUGAAAUUAAAGUCCAGCAGGUUGUUUGAGCCAGUGCAGUACAGUCAGAAGCCUGAGGGCAGGACUGUUGCAUUUCCUGGUUCCCAGCCCCAGCGCACACCACCUACCACCACCACCACCACCACCACCACCACCACCACCGCGGCUACGGUGCCCCAGCAGGGUCAAGUGCGGGGGAAAUCUCCUGUCACCACAGUCCCAGCCACACAGGCAGCAGGGAUGCCGUUUCAGACAACCCCGACCACUACUACAACUAGCACUGCAUCAUCAGUCAGCACUCCUCCCACUCCAGGACAGCAAACGGUUACAUCAGCAGCCUCCGUCAGCAGUGGCACUACCUCCUCGACUAGCACAGUGAGCAAGGCUCUGAGCAGCCCUGCAGGGGGCGCUGUGCCCCAGCUAGGCCAGACUGCACCUGUGCCAGUUUCUAGGCCGGCUCAGGUCACGCCACAGGCCCCAGCCCAUACCAUGCAGCAGAGCGUGCUGCCUCAGAGGCUGGUGCUUACCUCCCAGGCCCAGUCACGGCUGCCCAAAGGUGGAGAGGUUGUGAAGAUCGCUCAGCUCGCCUCUGUUACUGGCAGCCAAAGUAGAAUCACCCAGCCCGAGACACCCGUUACUUUGCAGUUUCAGGGCAACAAAUUUACCUUGUCCCCCAGCCAGCUGCGGCAGCUUACAACCGGACAGCCCUUGCAGCUACAAGGUACACUCGGCAAUAUUCUGCAGAUCGUGUCAGCACCUGGCCAGCAGAUCCUAAGACCUCAGAGCUCUGUUGUAAUGCAGACUGUAUCUCAGACCCAGCCUGUGCAGAAUGCUGUGACUGCGCUGAGCCAACAAGCACAGACCGCCACUGCUCCCACGACCACAGCAGUGCAAGGCAAGGCCCCAGCUGUCGUUGUGAGGACUGCUGUUCCAAACACAGCUGGAGGAGACCAGACUGCAAGUGUGAAAGCAGUUGCUGCUGCAGGAACCACAACCCAGGAGGCCUCAGAAGCAAGGAACCAGCUUGUUAAGGAACGGCUAGACAGGGUGUUUUCUGCAAACGAGAGGAGAUGCAGUCGAUCUGUGUUCUAUGGGGCAGAUCUCCUGGAAGUCUGCUCUGUGUUCAACAAAGACCCUGCACCCAAACCUGCCACUGUCUCCAGUAACUCUUGGAGGUGGAUUGGCAGGGCCAACUGCCUGAGUCUCCAGCAAGCAAGGUCAUCUGUUUCUCACCUGCAAGAAGCUUUAUUCACUUCAGAGCAGAGAGAAGCCCUGCAGGACAUGGCAGAGCGGUUUGUCUGUGUGGUUCCAGCUGCUGUAGCGCCUGCCCCACAGCUUUACUCUGCGAAUCCUCCCCCUCAGUACAGUCUCGCACUGAAGAUGUUCAGACACAGUUUCCACCAAGAAAUGGCUCCACACACAAAACAGCUGAGGAACCCUACUGCAAACCACCUUGUAGAGUUUCCUGCUCUUCAACUGUUACAGAUGGACUCAGGGAAGCUGGAGGCCUUGGCAGUUCUGCUACACAAGCUGAAAUCAGAGGGCCGUCGGGUGCUGAUUUUCACACAGAUGGUGACAAUGCUGGACAUCCUAGAAAAGUUCUUGGACUAUCACCAGCUUACCUAUGUGAGGAUUAAUGAGAAAACCCAGGUCGAGCAGCGGCAGGAACAGAUGAGGAACUUCAACAGGAACAAGCAGAUAUUUUGUACCAUUCUCUCAAACCGGUGUGGUUCUGUGGUGGGCAGUGUCCUGGAUGCAGACACUGUUGUGUUUUAUGACACUGACCUGAACCCCAGUAUGGAUACCAAGACUCAAGAAUGGUGUGACAGGAUCGGCAGGUCCAAGGAUAUCCAUAUAUACAGGCUUGGAAGUGGUAACUCUAUUGAAGAGAAGCUUCUGAAGAAUGGAACAAAGGAUCUGAUCAGAGAGGUGGCUGCCCAGGGAACUGACUACACCUUGGCCUUUUUAACACAGCGAACAAUCCAGGACCUGUUUGAAGUGGAGUCUGGAUCUGGAGAAAAAGUGGAAGAGUUUGUGGUGCUCCAUCAGGACCCAUCUCCAGCAGAAACCAUCUCUCCCAGAGUAGCACGGCCAUACAUACAGGCAUUAAACAGCAUUGGUGAGGAAGGGGCUUCAGGGGUUCCUAUAAAAUCUGAAGAAGACACUGCUGCAGAAAUGAGUGAAGAUGAUGUGGGUGUGGAAAGAGAUGUGAAUUAUGAAGACGAACCUUCUCCCUUGGAGGAACUGGUAGCAGUUGUAGAACAGCUUACUCCAAUUGAGAAAUAUGCUUUACAUUACCUGGAGUUUGUUCACAUUUCCAGCACUGAAGAGGAAGAAAGGAAAGCGAUGGAGAAGAUGAUUGCUGCUAAGAAGGGGUGGGAGGUGGAGCAGCUGAAGAAACUGAAGACUGAAGACGACGAGAGAAUGAUGCUGGAGGAGGAGGAAGAUCUCUUUACUUACACUCGUGAAGAUGCCUACAACAUGGAGUAUGUCUAUGAUGGUCCCGACGGACAGACGGAAAUAAUGCCGCUGUGGACCCCACCAACACCCCCUCAAGAUGACAAUGACGUCUACAUCGACUCUGUGAUCUGUCUCAUGUAUGACAGCACUCCCAUGCCUGAAUCGAAGCUGCCACCUGUUUACGUGAGGAAGGAACACAAGCGGCUUAAGAUGGAUCCAUCAGCUGCAGGUAGGAAGAAGAAGCAGCGUCAUGGAGAGACUGUCAUCCCCCCGCGCUCGCUGUUUGACAAGGGCAGCUUCCUGAAGCCGCGCAGAGAGGGGAAAGACCAGAAGAAGAACUUUUCACUCAAGCAGCAGGCUCCCUUCGCUAAACCUCUACCUUCGCUUGUCAAACCUGCUGUUGAGGCUGGGCAAGACAAUCCUGAGUGGCUGAUCAGUGAGGACUGGGCCUUGUUACAGGCUGUGAAGCAGUUGCUCGAGCUGCCUUUGAACCUCUCCAUUGUUUCAGCUGCGCACACACCAAACUGGGACAUGGUCAGCGAUGUUGUUAACUCCUGCAGCCGGGUCUAUCGCUCCCCCAAACAGUGCCGGAGCAGAUACGAGAACGUCAUCAUCCCCAGGGAGGAAGGAAAGUUGGUCUAUGAAGCCAAUCCAAAAAAGAAAACCAAAAGCAUUUACAAGUCCAAAAAUAGCCGUCCGCUUCGCACCUGUCAGAUCUAUGCCCAGGAUGACAGUGCUACUCACAUUCACCUGUAUAACAGUCGCUUUGAGUUGAUGAAGAUUAUCGCCAGCAAGCGAAGUCCACCUAUUAAGCCACUACUGGGUAUGAAUCCAUUCCAGAAGAAUCCUAAGCAUGCCUCUGUGUUAGCAGAGAGCGGAAUCAACUAUGAUAAGCCACUGCCUCCUAUCCAGGUUGCAUCACAGCGCGCGGAGAGAAUUGCAAAGGAGAAAAAGGCUUUGGCAGAGCAGCAGAGGGCUCAGCAGUUAGCUCAGCAACAGGCUGGCACACAGCCUCCACCACCACCCACCCCGCAGCCACAGACGCAGCAGCCAGCCCAGCCCCAGGCUGUCCCUCAGGCUCAGGCAGUGGUCCAGGCUGCCGGAAAUACCAUCACCAACACAGCCUCAAUGCAGGCUGGAACAAUCAAGACUGCAGCUGCUGGAACAAGUCUUCAGACUGCUCCUGUCAGUGGCAAUGUGAUCGUAAAUACAGUGGCAGGAGUUCCAGCAAGCUCGUUCCAACCCACCAACAAGCGGCUUGCCUCUCCGGGUAUACCUGCCACUUUGACAACAACAGUAGGCGCCUCCCCCCAGGUGGUGCACACCCAGCAACGGGCAGUUUCAACCCCCGCUGCACCGGCUGAGGUUGUUGCCAUAGCAACCAACCAAGGCAUCAGAACCGUAACGCCAGUAACGGCAUCAACUGUGUCGACCACCCUCACUCCAGUGCAGACGCAGAACAGGUCUCUGAUCACACAGGUUAACACAGCCACAGCCCCUAGUAUGCAGUUACCUCCAGGUAAAGGCAUCACCCAUGCCCAGCUCCAACUCCUGAGGCAGCAGCAGGCUCAGGUGCAGGUCCAGCAGAUCCAGGCUCAGGCUGGCUCUCCUGCCCAGAUAAAGACUGUCGGCAAGCCAACUCAGGAACAGUUUUUGAAGAUACAGCAGAAGCAGAAACUCCAGCUACAGCAGCAGCAGGCAGUAGCAGCCCAGCAGCAGACGCAUCAGCCCUCGCAACAGGCAGCUCAGGCGCAGCAGCAGCAGCAGCUCAGCGCAGUGACCACGUCCAGAGGAGGGCCGGUCCUCACUGGCACCACAGUCGCUAACCUGCAGGUCGCACGUCUGACACGAGUGGCUGGAACCCAACUGCAGGCUCCGGGGCAGAUCCAGAGCCAGCCUGCACAGACCACCCAAGUGACCCUGACGAAACCACCCGUGGUGUCUGUGCCGGCAGUAACCACUCUGCCUGUCACUGUGGCAGGGAUCAGCAUGGCUAUCGGACAGCCGCAGAAAGCAGGUGGCCAGGUGGUGGCGCACCAGCUGCAGGUGCAGCAGCAUCUUCUGAGUCUCAAAAAACAGCACGCAGCCGCCCAGCAGCAAAAAGCAGCGCAGACUCAGGUGGUGCAGGGACAAGCCACUGUGCAGCAGAAGGUGACCGUCCAAGCUCAGCAGCCUGCACAACAGAAAGUGACCUACACAACCGCCCAGCUCCAGCCAGGCAUUAAAACACAGUUUCUGACAACCUCUAUUGCCCAGGCACAGAAGCCAUCAGCAGCGCAGCAAGUCCAGACUCAAAUACAGGUUGCAAAGCUUCCACAGAUGGUCCAACAGCAAACGGUAGCCAAUAUCCAACAAAUGGUGUCUGCAUCACAGAUCCAGGGUCAGACACAGACGCUAACGUUAUCCCCAGCUACCAGCCAGCAGCAAGUGCAGGUGAUCCCAGCAGGCGCUGCCACAGCACAGAAACUCCUGCAGCAGCAAGUGGGGCUGGCAGCAUCCCCGCAUAGCCCUGCACAGGGGGCAGCCUCCUCCGAGAGCCAGGGCCAGCAGCAAGCCAAGGUGCAAGUCCGGGCAGCCCCAGCAGUGCGGGUCAAGGCACCCACCAAACCCAGCUAAGAACAGCUGGGCCACAGAAAACUGAACAUGGGGUGAAAGGCUGAUGCACACUCCUGUAUGUUUUUAUGUGCACACAGGGAAGAAUGUUGGAGCGAAGCAGGAAUUACUCGUUGAAUGCCGGCAGUCAAAUGGAAUUUUAAGAAAAGCAACGGCUGUGCGUUCACCAUUUUUGCUGCAGAACUGACUUCGAUAAAGACUUUUCUGCAAUUGCAUAAACAAGCUGUUUUUGAAGCAAUUUUUGAAGUUUGUUCAGUCGUUAAAAACAGGUGUUGUUGGGUUGCUUUACAGUGACUUGCUGAUGAGGAGGAAGGUUUAUCCUGUUGGCUUGUUGCUUUGAAAUCUCCCCCCCCCCCCCCCCCAUUAACUUUGGGUUAUUUCAAGUAAGUGAUUAAAAAACAUUAAUAAUAAUUGCACAUUAAAAAGUGCACAUUAAAAGCUUUAUUUUAGUUUACCCCCUUUAACAUAACUGGAGUCAUGUACCCUAACGUUUUUCCUCCCGUCUCAGUUCUGAUGGGUGUAAAUUGCCAGGUAUCUGAAAACACUUUUUGUUGUUUUUAUAUAUAUAAAAAGAAGGAAAACGUAUAGCAAAGCAGUUUAGAUAAAAAGGGUCUGUCAUUAGUCAUGCUCAAGGAUGGCAGAUUUACUUGGUAUGUUAACCAUUUCUGCUAACUCACACUCUGUCAGAGAUGGAGGAGGUGUGUCUUUCUUUUUUUGUGGGAGGAGUUCAGAAAUUGAGGUUGUGUUGUUACCCUAUUUUGACUUAUAUGUUUCACCCCACUGAAGAGUUUUUGCGCUGUUUGACUGCUGAAUGUGUCACCUUGUAUAUUGAAUUAUACGUUGAUAUAUUUUGUAAUUUUUCUUUUUGGACUUCUUCAAAUAUUAUGCGUAUGUUGUCUUUCCCUUCUAUAUAGAACUAAAAUCGUCAUGUUUUACCAUGAAAUGCAAAACUAGCUAAAUCUCUGGCUGCUAACCUUGCCCAAAAUGCAGGAAAGUAUAGUGUUCUUUUACAUAAAUUAAUGAUUUAACCAUUUUUGCAAACCAGUUGAUCUACAAUGCUACGCUUAUUACUGACUGAUUGAAACUGAGAAAGAUAUGCAUCUGUUUGCAUAAUUCUAUAGCAAAAAUAAUUUAUUUUAGAAGUCAAGCAAUGGCUUGUAAGGCAAAUAACAGGUCUGAUGAAUGUAAUAUUGUCCCUCCCUGAUAGCAUUGUUAGAAGCCUUUUUUUUUUUAUAAUGUUUUAGAAUUUAAUCAGUCUGUCUUUUCAAUGAUAAAACUACUUGGUUAUGAUUUAAAGAAAAAUGACUACUGCUCAGCGCAAAAUUGGAAGGUGGCAGGGGGUGGGGGGCGGCAAUCGCAGAAUGCCAGUACUGAAAUUUUAGGUAAACUUCCAACCCCCCCAUCCCUUGUUGAUCUGUAGAAUUGAUUGUUUGACAUUCCAAACAUGGAAGUACAGUUGAUGUUUCAUAAUGGAAUAUGGAUAUGCUUUUGUAUGUUUGCUACUGUUAUGAGUAUUUCAUGUUUAUUUUUAUUUUCUUCAAAUUACAGUAUUCAUGUUUGUUAUUGUCCCUUUUAAAAAUAAUGGAAAUUUAUAAUUUCUUGACUUUAGAAAAUGCUGUAAAGUGGAUAAAAAAAAGUGGCUGUACCUUUUUUUUUGUUUUACUGAUUUGUGCUGCCUAAACUAUAACUCUGCAAACCUGUUUGUUUGUUUGUACAUAUUCAUCACAUUAUACAUGUAUGUUGUUUAGUUCUUUUAAAAGUGUAAAUAACCUGUGAACAGCAAGAAACAGAAUUUGUACAGCAGGGAUGGUGUACCAAGCAGUGAUGUGUGUUCAGUUUUUUUUUUUUUUUUCAUCCUAACCCAGUGGUGUAAUAAAUUGUAAAUUUUU